AUGACUGAUACUGAUGAAGCCAAGACUUCAGCUUUUGACCACUUUGAAGAUUCCCAAGAUCUAAUAUAUACGCUGCAAGAACAGUCUAAUGUGCAUGAACAUGUAGCUGCAAGGAGUUCAUGUUUAGGCUCUGCACAGAAAGAUUCUGUAUGUGAAAAAUCUUCACAGGAAUCCUACAUCAGUGGUAGAUCUUCCAAAUAUUUCACCUACUUGACCACCACUGUUCCAACCAAUGCUCUGCUGGAUGACAGCGGUUCAGAGAUUGACCUUUCUGAUUCUACUAGCAGCUUGAUCCAACACGAGUGUAACAUUACACCGGCAGCUCGAAGUUCAACAAGGCACUUGGCAAACUCUCCAGCAAAUACAUUAGACAGAGACACUUCAUCUGACUCCUCUCUGGACCCUGGGUCUCCAUUUAAGUUGGCUAAAUCCCCAGGGCUGUCUAGAUCCGCACUCAAUUUGAAAGCCAGUUUUGACUAUCACUUGAGGAGGAAGUAUAGGAGACAAGCACAUCAAAGAUGUAAGGAGAAACCAAAAGAGAGAAAAAAGAGGUACAAGAGCACAGGAAAACCUAGAGGGAGACCGCGGCUAACUGCUCCACAAGAAGAGCAGAAAAAAAGACUUCUAGACAGAGGUUUUCAGUUUUCUUUUGUGGAAAAAGAAUAUGGAAAGAAACAUAUCCCCAUGAAAAUGAUUUUUGAAUAUGAGCAAGCAGCUUUAAAAGGAUAUUUCCAAUACAUUAAGAUGCUCAAAUAUGAAGAACAUCUCAAAAAGGCUUUAAAAAACCUGAAUGCUAGUGAGGAUUUAGAAAAUGAAUGUAUGGCGAUGCGGAAACACAAAUACAUAGAUGACGAAGGACCCAUUUCUCCUAUCGAGGAGACAGAUGGAGAUGACCACAACUUGGAUCCUGAUCAAGAAGAACUUGGUGCCACAAUAGUUGAGAACAGCUGUUUCAUAUUAAGCAGCAAACUUCCAAGCAAGAAAAAAUCAAAGACAAAAGCAAAGCAUGCAAAACUGAUCAGGGAAGAUGAAAUGGAGGAAGAACAUGCUGCUGAUGGGCCUGGGCCUGUACAGGAGAUACUACACAGAUCAGAAAACUAGUACAUCAUGGAAUCCCAUAAAUGCUGAUUGCUGUAACCCUGACUCUGAGCAUAUAUCUUCAUAUGCUGCUCCACUUGGCAACAAAACAGUUUUUGUUUGAAGUGACUAUGUUCAGCAUUCAACUUAAACUUUCAGUUAUUGCAAGUGAUUAAUCUAGCAUCGGCUAGGUUGUAAAUGUAUAACUUCAGUUUCCUUUGGGCAUGAACGUGACAAACAUCCCUUCAGCGUAGUUUGAAAAAAUUCAUGCUGGAUCUGGGAAUGGAGUUGUUGCUGGUUCAAUUCUCCUUUUUUGGAGAGAGAGAGAAAAAGGAACCAUUUUAGUUUAUUGCUACUGCAAGAGUUUCUGGAACUUCCAAAAUACACUGAAAUCAAGAUGGAAAUACGUAGUUGGUUGAAAAGGCAUUUCCUAUGGCAUUCUGACUGUAGAGACACACUACCUGACUGCAGUCACUGUCAGGAAGAUCAUCUUCAUACCAAGAUGGCAGUCCAAAUAACUGUGGAACACUUGAUCACCAAUCGUAUUUUCUUCUAGUGUCUUGGUGGAGCACAUGUUUAAAAAGCAAGGCAAGUGAAGUGAUUACAAAGAAGCUUUGUCAACCAGAAAUUAGGAGAUGCCUGUUCAUGAGGCACUAGCUUAGUUAACACUCAACAUGGACUGAAUCUUGUCACAAAAGGAAAUGGGCAAAUUGCUGGAGGGACUUCACUACACUACUAGACAGAUCAGAUUUCAUUAUGAUGAAAGAAUUGUUUGGAAGACCAUAUCAUGACACCAACUUGUUUGACAGGUAAUAUACUUACAACAGCUGAAACAUUUAUUCAUCUUUCAAUUUGGAAGUGUCCAUUGCUAACAAAUCACUGACCGCAAAUCCCAAACGAAGACCAGGAACAAACAUGGAUAUGGAAAAGACCUUUCUAGCUGUAUUGCAAAGAUCCAGUGUCACUGUGCCAAUUCAUGGGAAAACUUACACUGGCUUCAGAAUUUAGGUUACAUUUUUAAGUUCUUCAACCAAGCUUCUGACCUCAGAACUGGAAGAAAUGGUUUAAACGAAUAUUUAAUGUAUGAUGGAAAGCGGCUUGAUGCAGAGUCCCAUACUUUGUGUCACUUCAGUCAGUCUGGCCCUAAGUAUUGGCAUUUAAAACAUAACAAUUGUAACAAUUUCUAAGCCCUUUUGUCUUUGGGAGAUUUCCUCUUGCUAGUUGAGGACCAACGCUAGACCCAAAAAAAGGUGGUGUAUGGAACCAAAAAACCUUGGAAGUUUACUUGUAUUACCUUACCUUCACAUACUUCACUUCCAACAGCCAUCCAUUCAUAAAUGGCUGAUCAACCAAAAGCCAGCUCUAGGUAACAAAACCAUAUACUUUUAAUGAAGCAAAAGCAGACUUGCAGAUGAGGGUGAAGUUUGAACCAAACCCAGGGAAUGUUCAUUUUUAAUCCACUAGUCACUGAUUGUGGGAACCUCAGAUGUGUAGCACUAUGGAGGUAGCGUCCAUAGGCUGGGGAAGGGAUAGAGCAUACCAUCUUGUAACUUGACUAACCCUACCUCCAACAUAGGAGCUGUAGUGUGACUUUUUUUGUUUUUGCUGAGGAAGCUGUAUCCAGGAUGCAGAUUGAGCCAUCCUUUCUUCAAGAAGGGAGAAGAUAAGGGGGUGAGGUCAAGAGGGGAAAACUCCAGAACCAUGUCCUCAAAUAUAAUAGCAAGGAAAGGUCAGCUAUGUAAAGCUGCAAUAUCAGAAUUAACCUUGUUAAAUAGCAGCCACUCAGGCUCAUAAUAUCCCCUUAUUCAUUCUUCAGACAUCACUACCUGUGAUUUGGUCAACUUCUAAAUCAGAGCUAGUCAAUAUUUGGAUUUGGCCUGCCUGCUUUUGAAUGGACCCCAAAAUAUUUUUAUUUACUUACUAGGGCUGUUGAUUUAAUCGCAGUUAACUCAUGUGAUUAACUCAAAUUAAUAGUGAUUAAUCAGUUUGAAAUUUAUUAACAUGCAAUUAAAUUAGUAUUCUAUUUAUAUAUUUUGGAUGUUUUUCUACAUUUUCAAAUA